GACACUUAUGAGAAAUAAAAGUACUUUGUAGCAAGGGGAAUUUCAACUUUAAAAGAGGAACCUUUUGGACAAAAGCUGCAUAUAUGCAUUUGCAAGAGGGCAGUGUAGAUUUUCUCUGUCCAAGUCUUUCAGCAUGUAGUGGAGAACAGAGGAAAGAAUGAACAUCUAUAUCAUCAAGAUCCGUGCUGGAGUAUUUUGCUGCCUUUGAGACAGGAAGCCUGAAGAAAGAAAUUAGCUAGGUAGAGUACUUGUUCGUGUCCUGAGACUUGUGCCGUAGGACUGUGCAUCAUUCGGCAGCUGCUGUGGUCUCUUUCAGAGAUACAAUUCCCUGUGGUUGUGGAGGAAGAAUUUUGCUUGCAGAGGCAGUGGAAUGCUUCGUGACCUUUGGACCAAAGCCUUCUGGACCGUGCCUGAUAGAACUUGCAUCAGCUGAUUAAGGAUUUUUCUUUAAAUAAAGAAAGAGAGUUUUCUCACAACACUGCAGUUUACUGACCCACAUCAUGGUUCAGCAACUGUCUCUGAAGCAGCUCAUCUAAGAGCAACAGAAGUCACACUGUGAUCUCCCUCUCCAGGACGUGUGGAAAUCCUGAGGGAUCUUAGAGCCCCCAACAUGCAGGCAGUCCUGCAACCACCAUCUAGAAGACAGCAGCCAGGAAACUCUGUGAGACCUUUGAGACUUUUGUCUUCAGCUCCAAAGCUAACCCAUAAAGAAAGGCAUAAAGAAAGGCAUGGAGAAAGUGUUAUCUGUUGUGGAUUUUUGUGUGUAUUUUUUUUCCCUUGAGUUUUGUUUUUCUCACUUAUUUUCAUUUCCAGUUUUCGUCUUUGCUCCUGUGAGAAUGUCAUUGUAAAACAUGCCUUGUUAUAGCAGUACAGUCAUUUCUAUUUCCAGUUGCUAAACUGUUUUUAAUUCACCUCUUCUAAACCUUCACUAGAUCAAAAAAAAAAAAAACCCAGGGUUAUUGUGUUGGUUAUUUUUCUUUGUUUGACUAGAAGUAAAAAUUCUUAUUCACAUGAGAAAAACAUGUCUGCUGAGAAGGAGCUCCUGUAGGUUUUUGUGGCAUAGGCACAGGCAAGUUGGCACAGGCAAUUUUACUUAAAUUAGUUGUGUGGUUCAACUGAGUGGGGCCCAGCUGAGAUAAACAUUCACCACAUAGUAGGGCGGUUUGUGCUGGGUUCAUGGAGGAGAGGAAAAUGAUCUCUGCUUAUAGCAAUGGAUCCUGCACAAACUCCCUCUUUUCUGCUAUGACUUUGGUGAGUCUCACUGAUCACAAAGAUCCUCUGGCGCAUCCAAGUUUCUGUCUCCUCUUUCCUAAGAAGAGGCUGAAUCUGGAAAAAAAUAUGGUUUUGUGUUUUGCAGUACACACACAGAAAACACAACAGCUGACGGAGGGAAAUUCUGUGUUAAACAGAAAAAUACACUUGCUCCCAGAAAUCUGUGGUAAAAAAGAUCAAAGUGUACAAGCUUAAAAUAAAACAUGGCAAAAAAAAAAGGGGAAACCAGAAGACAGCAAUCACACUUCUUUUUUCAUGUAAGAGCUGAAGAGUUUUUACACCUUCUCCACUAAAAAAGAGCCUUCUUUGGAAUAAUUCAGAAAGGAGAGUGGAGCACCUUGGAUGGCAUGGUAUGAAGGCUUCUCCCAGGUAUGUGGAAAUAGCACAGGAAAAACACAAAGGCACUGCUGUCCAUCAGCUGUAAGCCAGUAGAAGCAGGAGCAGUUCUCUCACCUAUAAAUAAGAAAUACUUGGAGAAAGGGCCUUGACUGUUAAACAAGAUCAUAUAGGUUCACUAUGUGAAUUCAGUCACAGAAGUGUUCUGCUUAUGAGAUGAGUCAAAAGGCUUUUUUUUCUUAAAUAGAUACUUAUUUUUCUUGACCAAACCAGGUGACACGUAGCCACAACUCUUUAAACCCUGCAGGAUUGAUUUCAGUUGUCUUUCAUUAUAGUGAAGGAAAGGUUCCUGUUACACAAUGGAAGGUUACCCAUUUCAUCAUUUCUGGUAGUUGACAUCAUUGUGCUGCCUGUCUCCACCACCGACUUCUCCUGUGUCACCCUCUCCUCUUCCUCUGCUUUCAAUUCCCCAUCUUCUUCCGUGCUCAGAUAAGGGCAGGCAUGCUCCCCAUUCCUCUCUCCUCUCUGCCAGUUGUUCUGGGCACUCUGGCCCUUUGCAGUCCAUAGACUCUGUGCCCUUCCCAUGGCAUACCCAGUAAUCUUGAACCUCACCACAGUCAUGUAAACCAGAGGUCUGUCAUAGCAUGCUUCUGGUUGCUAAUGGCUGUUAAAGAGCAGAGAAGCAUUUCCACUAGUUGAAGGGAAAUGUGAGAUUAACUUUCUCAAAAAUCUCUCUCAAAACUUCUUCCUGUUUUACUGCUACUUGGGGAGCACUGGAGAAGGCACUGCAGUGUUUUCAGCCUCUAAAAUACUUCUUUAAUUUUUCCUUCUUACAGCAUCAUGGAGGUCUGCAUAUUCUUUCUUUUUGCCAUAAUACUGCUCCCAGGUAUUGCUGCCAAUGUACAUCACGUGAAGUCAUUUCUCAAUCACACUGCAUACCUAUCUUGCUAUUUCCCAAACACUCAGAAAACUGACAUAAGCAAUAUAAUAGUUUUUUGGCAAAAAGGUACGGGUGAAGUGGUACACGAAGUUUACCUUGGCCAGGAAAUAUAUGAUCACCUUAGUCCUAAAUACAUAAAUCGUACCAAGAUGGAUAUGGACAAAUGGACUUUGCAAUUGUUAAAUGUAAGGAUUGUGGAUGAGGGGCAGUAUAAAUGUAUUAUUAUGCACAUGGACCAGGGACCAAAAAAGAUCAUACACGAAUCUGAGUGCUUACUGCACAUCACUGCCAACUAUAGUCAGCCUGUGAUAGCACAGCUACACAGUGGGGAACCAAAGCCCAGUGAGAACCUGAAUCUUUCCUGUUCUUCCAGCGGAGGUUAUCCAGAGCCCAAGCAGAUGAUUUGGAUAAUUUCAAGUGAAAACAUAACAGAUAGGCUUAUACAACGCAUGGAUGUCUUACAGGAUGCUGUAACAAAGCUGUAUAAUGUUACCAGCAAGCUGAAUAUCCCAGUUCCUACAAAUACACUCACUAAUAUUAGCUGUUUGCUUCACCUUGGAGAGCAGCAGGGGAGCCUUACCUCAGUGCCACUAGUCAUAGAGAUACAGGCAGAAAAAAUGGAACCGGUGAAAGUAAAUUUCUUUGGCCCACUUAUAGCUGUAAUUGUACUGAUCACACUUCUUCUGGGUUUUUUGAUAUUGAAGAACAGAAAUAUCUCAUCUACCAGCCAGAGUGUCAGUCUCGCAGUCUAAAAGGUCCAGCUUGAAAUAGAGGCCAGCAGCUAUAGACUGCUGACUGGGAACCAUUUCUGCACAUAGUGAGGUCUGAGGUCCCACUGUUUCAGAUGCCGUGCCAGAACAAGAAUCCUCUCCAAACACCCUGCAGAACAACAUGUAAUAUUUCCAUCUGAUGACUGAAGUCCACUGUCCAGUGUUCUUUGCUUUUAUUUUUGCUAUAGAACAGUAGCAAAUACAGUACUCUAUCUGUCCCUAUGAGUUUUUUCUACCCUUUGGGGAAAACUCUCCUGAUUUAAUGGGCUUUUUGGUUGAACAACUGUCAGUGCUCACCUCAGUCUUCUACAUUCUUAAUUGGCACACACAUGAAUUUUCCUGGCUCCUGGUGCAGUUACUCUGGCUGCAGUCCUGAUCACUAAGAGGAAAUGCCACCUUGGACCUUCCUGCACUCAGUGGCUUGAUUCACUUCUGAAUGGAUCAAUGUGGUUUUACCUUCUGUGGUACUACCUAGAUAUAAAGAACUGAAUUUAGUGAUCUCAUUAAAUCUGGAAAGAGGAGAUGAAAACUUUGCCAUCCACAUGCCACAAAAAAAAAAAAGAAAAAAGAAAAGAAAAAAAAAUAAAGAGACCUUUCUUCCAAAACAAAGAUGUAUUUAGCAACUGGACAGGUAGGAAGAUGGUGAGAUAUGAAGGGCAGAAAUCUACCCACGUUGUCAACAGUAACAAAUAAGAAGAGAAGCACAGCAAGCCACUGCUCCAACUGUUAUAAGUACAAAAUAUCUUCUUUUCAUUGUUUUCUUUUGCUUUGUUUUUUGCUGAGACUCCUUCACCCUUUGACAAGGCCACAGAAAACAGCCUAGCACUUAGCAGCACUACUCUCACUGUGGCAGGUUUUUUAAGGGCAGAGGCUGACUUGGAAGAAUCCUGAGCGUCUGCAUAAGGAGAAGCUGUUUAAAAGUCUAAGCGCUCCUCAAGAUCCUGCAGUCUUCAGUUGUAUGGUUGUGUUUGACACCUGUGAAUGUUUUGCUGUAUCUUUCAUUAUGCUCUGUGACACUGUAAAAUGCUGUCAGUGAGAGUCAGUGAAGAGAGCAGAACAGCAAGGACUGCAGAAGUGAAUGUCUCAGAAAUAGGGUUGGGCCCUAACCUGUGAAUCACUGACCUUGCUGAAAAUAUGAUCAGAGUCAGGGUAUUUAAUCAUGGGCCAUAAAUGCUCCGGGCUUUGUACCAGCAACUUUCUUGUACAUUCCAUGGUAGAAAAAGGAACUUAAAGACACUGCCCCACCUUCUGAGAAAAGCCAUGAAAUUUCCAUAGGGCAUUUAAAACUAGAAAUAACUGAAAGAAAAAAAUUGUUUUGAAUGUAAUUUUUUGUUAUUAUACCUUUAAAAAAAAAAAAAAAAUCCAAAAUUAACAUUUU